AUGGAAGCAUCGGUUUUCGCCGAAAGCGUGGCCACGGCCGAGCAUCUGCAAGCAAAGGCCACCAGAGAGCUGCCUGCGACAUCCUUGGCGCCUCCCGUGCCUGCCCCAGGUGCACCGGCUGGCUGCUGGCAGGAUGGCUACACACCGGAGCUCUGCUGCCGGGAUCCACCCGUUGCCAACUGCUGGGAUGCGGUCUUCACACGCCAGCGCUGCUGUCCAAAAAAAGAAACCCCUGAGGCGGAUCUCUCCUCGUCCCACUCGCUGUCAGCGGAGGUGGCAGCGGUGGUGGCCGCCGCAGCCGCGCGGAAUGUCGCCUCCCAGGCGACAGAGGCCAAGGAGGUCCGGAAGGAGACCCUAAAGCACACGGCCGGCGACGUUCAGACGGAGAUGAGUAGUGAAAGCCCCAGCGAGGCAGCUGAGCAGCAGUUUUUUUUGCAGCAAGAAGCGCAACGCCGCUGGCCUUCUUAUUUCAACCGAGCUCAUGAAACACUGAAUGCUGCAGAAGCGCCGUUGGACUCCAAGCCAGAUCCGGUACAGCUGUAUCAUCUGCUCUAUGAGACCAUCAACCAGUUAGUCGGUGGCCUUUCACUUGCGGCUGAGGCUGCACAGAGCAACUCCCAGAUGAAGCAAGCAUUUCUGAAUGCUGCCGUGUUGCUGGCCCGCUUAGCCCGUGCAAGCCGCGGUACACCGCUGGAGCACGAGGACUUCGCCUCUCAGUCCGCCGCGGCCAUGGCACUGGGCUGUACAGGCGGGGAUCCGACUGGGCCACAGUGCAACCUGGCCGAAAGCCUCCAUCAAUUUGCAAUGUCACCAGACUUGGACGUCGACUGGCUUCAAGACGGGUUGAAACAGCUGAAUGCGAGCAAGGUUGCUGGGGUCGACCAUGCGGAGCGAUUCCGGCGAAUCUGGCUGAUGUAUUCUCAGGAUCCCUCUAAGGCCUUGUGGCGGCCAGCAGGUCCGGAUGGUCAUCAAGGGGGGCGUACGAACACCUACAAUCCCUUGGAGGUGGGUCAGCUUCAGCAAAGUGUGCGCGGCUCCGGAAGCAUCUGGCAGCUCUUCCCCACGUACAUCAUGGCUCGGGAGAUCGGGCAUGCCUUCACUUCUUCGAGGACCUCGCAAACCUGCAUUGCGUGCGAGCAGCUUACGAGCAUAGUGCUGCAAAGAUACCAGCAAUUUCGGGACGAAGGCUUCGGGAGGAACAGCCGCCAGGAUGAUGUCAACAAUGCUUUUUUCAACUGGCAGCUCACCCACGACGCAGAGCAGGAGGAGGAGGGCGCUGAUGUGUGGCCGGAGUUGUAUCGAGACUCUCGAGACUUCCAAGAGCUGAAGACGCUCGUAAAGCUCUCGUCUCUGGAGUAUCUCCAGCAGAUCUACUCCGAAAAGGCCUUGUCCAAAACAGAUCUGGAACAGCUCGAGCUCUCGAUUUGGGCGUCGGUGACACCUCCGACUCGGAAGGCUGAGCGGACGGCUAUGGGAUUGGCGUUUCAUGACCACCCGCUGGCGCUGCUGAGCGGCGUCUUCUACGCAGAAGCAGGUGGCGAGCUCGUGGCAGACCGCACGCCAACGGUCUUUGCAGAUCCCCGUGGGACGACCCCAUUUCGCUACACACGGAUGCGCAGCGACGAGGGGGAAGCCACGUUGGAACCCACGGCGCCCUUCCAUCGUCUGGCAUAUGCCCACCCAAGAAAUGGUCUAUCUUUGGUUUUCCCGUCCUGGCUGGUCCAUGGGGUGGCGCCGCAUCGGGGUCCCAGGGAUAGAGUGGUGUUCGCUUACAAUCUGCACACCGUGCCUGGCACAACGCUUGCCAGCUGGGCGAAGACGACGCUUUGA